CAACAUCACAAAUCGACACACUCCUCGCUCGUCCGAAAUCUUCGUCCGGCUCUUCACCGAGCAGUAUGCUCCAAUUCAAAGGGUCUUGCGGCAAUACCUGGAGCUCGUCGACGAAAUUUACCUGAUGGGGGUUUGCAAGAUUCUUAGAGCGGCAUAUCUCCAGAGUUGGGACAUCAACCAUACCCUCAAACGCGUUGUCGACAACCCUUCACGCUUCCGAGAGCACGUGAGAGCGUGCGGUGGACUCAUAGCCGGCAGGCUCAUCUACGAGUUCUUCGCGCGGAUCCGCAGCCCCCGCACCGGGAUUACAAUCUAUCUGCAAAACUGCCCCAAUGUGCCUCUGACGAGGUAUCUCGUCGAAGAAGAAGGCUACGGAUAUUGCGGACACGACCCGGAAGUUCCACCGCCGCCGCCUGGUGCCCCGGGCCCAACUCGCGUGGAUGCAAAUGUUCACAUCACUGCUUUCUGCAGGACUCUGCCUCCGCUGGUGACCAUUGUGCUAGUCAUCUGCCCGACUCAUCCGAUAGAGACCAUGCUGAGAUGCAACUACCUCUCCGCCGCCAUGAAUUUUCUCACCCACGACAAAGCAGUCUGCCUCUUCCCGCGCCUCACGUUCCUCGAUCGAGUUUCAAUGCUCUUACCACGACUCCUAGCCCAAAUUUUCCCCCUUGCCCUCUGGAAUGACCUCCUGGGGUAUAGCGAAGACUACGGAUGGACAGACGAGCACCACAUGAAUCUCCUGUUCAGUGACGAGAAACCAGACCCAACCGGCUCCUUCAACGGACGAACAAUAGGCGACGGCUACACCUGGAUGCUCCCCAUUGAGCCGGCGCCAGCAUUCAACGAAGCCCUGCUCCCCUCGAGGAGCAGGACAGCCGACCACUGGGACCCGCCGCCCGACUUCGAUCCCUUUCUGAACCACACCCAAGCGAACGCCAUUCAAACGGAAAUGCCUGGCCGCCGCUGGUCCGUCUUUGCGUUUACGCUGAGUCUCGAGGGUCCCGAUGUUGCUGUUGGGCAAACGGGACUGGAGGCACUGGAAUUUGAGCUGGAGUACUUGGCCAUUAGUCACUGGGAUGAGGAGGACGUUGAGGGUGUCGACUACCCCCUCUUGAUAGAGAGUUUGGAAGGAUAGGCAAUUGUAUCGUUGGCGAGAUGGCAGCUCUCGCUGCUUCAUCUGGAGUUUGUGAGGGCAGCGGAAGAGUGCUAUAGAUUGAUCGGCAGCACCCUGAGCACGCGAGAGCGCUCGUAAGGAGUAUGACACGAUCCAUAAAACAAUGCAUCAUAAAAGCACAUACAAUCCCCGCCUUUCCCUAUCAAGUACCUACUCCGACCUCACCCACCCAAAACGUACGAGAAAAGCGCGCGCGCCCAGCACAACCCGAGCCCCAAAUCAUCCCCGUCCCA